GCCGCGCCCGCGCUCCGCCUGGCGCAGCUGCACGCGCGCCGCGGUGCCACCACUUACUUCGCGCACUUUGCACACCAGACUAGGGAUGCCGAAUACCCUCAGCGUUUGGGAAGCGUAUCAGGAGAAACGCUGCCCUACUUUCUUGGGCUGCCCUUGGUGGGAGGAAUGCCAUUCUACCCACGAAACUACUCACGCGGUGACGUUGCCGUGGCCGAGGCGGUGGUCGCGUUACUGGCGGCCUUCGCCAAGACCGGACAUCCCGCGCCCGCCGCGCCGCUGCCGCCCGACGCGCCCCUCGGCCCGGGGCCCCCCGCCGCCCCCGCCGGGCCCACCGCCGCCGACGAGCGCAGGGAGCACGCCAUCGCCUGGCCACGCUACGACCUCAAUACGCAGCAGUACCUCAGCAUAGGCAGCAAGUUGCGCGUGAAGAGUCACUACCGCGGGCACAAGAUGGCGUUGUGGCUGCACCUCAUCCCUCAGCU